CUUAAUAGUAGCAGUUUCAUUCAUCCAUCUUUUCUCCUCCAUUCCUCCUCAUGAACUAUAAAAACCUUUUCAAAAUUUCUUUAUUAUCAGUUUCGGCAACAAACUAGUGAAUCAACCGUUCUAGAUGCUGUGUAUUUCUGCAUUUAGACUAAGAGCAGGUGGGUUUUUCAAAUCCUUCAUCUAUACACAGAAACACAGAGAUUCAUGACGAAGAAGCUAUGCGAAGGAGAAGCUGUUCAUCAUGGAAGAAGAAGAAGAUCCGAUCUAUUUGAAUCGUUACCUGAUGAAAUUGUUAUCUCCAUCCUCUGCAAGCUCAGUUCUACCUCUUCUUCUCCGUCUGAUUUCGUCACUGUUCUUCUUACAUGUAAGAGGUUGAACAAAUUAGGUGUUCAUCCUUUGGUUUUGUCGAACGCUUGUUCGGAAACGCUUGCCGUCCGAGCUAAAAACUGGUCGGAUGAGGCUCACCGGUUUCUGAAAUUGUGCGUCAACGCCGGCAACAAAGAGGCGUAUUAUACUCUCGGAAUGAUCCGAUUUUAUUGUUUACAAAAUCGAGGAAGUGGAGCGUCGUUAAUGGCGAAGGCAGCGAUUAAGUCUCACGCGCCGGCACUGUACUCCUUGGCUCUGAUUCAGUUCAACGGCAGCGGUGGUCUGAAGAACGACAAGGACCUCCGUGCCGGAGUUGCUCUCUGUGCCAGAGCGGCUUUUCUCGGCCACGCUGACGCUCUCCGGGAGCUAGGGCACUGCCUUCAAGACGGUUAUGGUGUACAGAAAAACGUUGAGGAAGGACGCCGUCUACUCGUGCAAGCCAACGCGCGUGAGCUUUCGUGUAUCUUACGCGCUGCCGUGAACACUUCAUCGUCUCCGGUGCCGUUAGAGUUCCAUAGUCAACACCACCGACGGCCAAAUCUAACAGACUCAGACGGAUACCUAUGGCCAUCCGAUGACGUCAGAUUAUCGGAGAAUGACCGGUGUAACUCACCGGGUCUGGAACUCCACCCGGCGAACCGGUUUUUGGUGGAGUGGUUCGGAUUGAGAAGAAGUGGAGCUCCGGGUUUGAGGCUGUGUUCCUACGGUGGAUGCGGGCGACCCGAGACCCGGAGGAAUGAGUUCAGGAGGUGUUCGGGUUGUGGGACGGUGAACUACUGUUCACGUGGGUGUCAGGCGCAUGAUUGGAGGGUGCACCAUAAGGUUGAGUGCGCACCCAUGGAGGAAUGGAUGGGUCAUGCGAUUGAUGACGUGGAUGAAGAAGAAGUAGGUGAUGAUGAUCGGACGGUAGAGAUUGAGGAAGUAGAAGGCGAUGAUGACGGGAUGCAUGUUUGAACCUCUGGACUGUUCCGUAGGCGAAUUUUUCUUCUUGUUUGUUUUGUUUUUUUGGUAUUAGGAUGACUUUGGAGGAGACACAAAAAUAAUAGUCAGCAAACAAUUAUCAAUUCAGAUUUUUUUUAAGGUAUAUACUAUUGGAGUUGGUCUUAUUUAAAAGCU